AUGUCCAAUGUCAUUGAAAACCCAGAAACUAUAGAUGUCCCAAUCCCAUCAAAUGCCCACACAAUAGAUAUAACAUCGGUUUUCAAACCAUCUAAUCAUAGUGCACUACUUAUACUUAAUCAACCAAUUUCAGUACCCAAUUUUAAACAACUCUGGUCCCAUUACAAGCUAAAAAUCUGUGGAGAUGGUGGUGCUAAUAGAUUAUACGAAUAUUUUGAUGCAGAUUCAGAAAGAGAACAAUAUUUACCUCAUUUUAUAGUUGGUGAUUUAGAUUCACUUAGGGAUGAUGUUCGAGAUUGGUAUCAAUCAAAAGGUGUUGGAAUUUUACCACAAUAUACACAAUUUGCUACAGAUAUAGGUAAAUGUUUAGAAACUGUUGAAGUUUAUUAUGAUUUACAAAAUCAAGGAUUGGAACUAAUACCUAAUGAAAUUGAUCCAUAUGAUGGAAUUAUACAAAAACAUUCAAAAUUACAAGGCUUUAAUGAUAAUAUUCAAGUUAUAGUUAUUGGUGCUAUAGAUGGAAGAUUCGAUCAUACUAUACAUUCAAUAAUGUUAUUAUUUAAAUUAUCUAAAUCAAAUCCAAAUUUAAAGAUAUUUUACUUGACAGCAACAGAUUUAAUAUUUAUGAUUCCAAAAGGUUUAAACUAUAUAAAUUAUGAAUUGAUCCAAGAUUCAAUUCAUGGAUCAAAUAGUGGAUUAUUACCACUUGGUGGUCCUAUAACAUUGAAUACAAAAGGUUUUAAAUGGGAUGUGGAAAAUUGGGAUAGUUCAAUAAAAGGUGAUGUUAGUAGUAGUAAUAGACUUGUUGGUGCAAAAGGUGUUUCGAUAAAUACAAAUGAUGAUUUUAUACUCAACAUUGAAAUGAAUUACAAAAAAUUAUGA